CCUGAGCAUCACUUUGAGGCGAACGGGCUUCGCUCGACCCAAGCCAGAGGAUCAGGCCUGACCUCGCCGGCCCUUUUUCGACUCUUUUCGCUUCAAAGCAGCAAUCCCUCGUCAAUCGUUACCCUUGCCCUCGUCCGGUCUCUCCAUUUCACAGACUAGGCUGGAAUCAGUGCAGCAAGCUUUCUCCUGUCCAUCUGUCAAUCCUAUCGCAGACGUUCGUUGCUUUGUCCGCGCUUGCAUGAGCCUCAGGUGCUGUUCUGUCUAUUCUCUUGUCAAUCUUGCAUGACCAUCUCACCGUCUCAAUCCGCUGCUUUCUUCGAGACCUCUCACGAGCCCGCGGUGCGAACCCUCCAAGCCCCCGUUGGCUCAAUAAUUGUUGUUGCGUUCGAGUCGUUUUCCCGUCAUGUGCUGCAAGGUUCGCUGAGUAGUGAUUUAUGUCACUAUUCGCUACAGGGAUCAGAAGCACAAAGACGAGCUAUUCAAGCGACCAGAAUAUGUGUAUGCCCGACGCGGGCUGCAUUUGAACUGGGGCCUCAUCGAGGGCACAACGACCGUUGACGAAUAAUGGACCCCGAGGUCAGCUACUCGCUACCUUCGCCCACAGACACUCCAUAUCGAACACCGUCCAGUUCUCAAUCCCUCCGUUCCCGGCGGUACGAAGACAUGUCGCCCUCAUCUACACCUCCCCCAAUGCCCGAGGAACGAGCCAGCAAAAGACGAAGUAAUGAUUCCAUUCACUCCAACCCUGCUUUGGACGAGAACAUCUCUCCACUUGAUCCACGACGAUUUACACCCACGCUCCAUGCCUCGCUGGUCUCGGAAAUCCUGUCGUUACGGCGAGACCUCGAGAGUCGCACCAAUGACAUUGAAAAGUUGGAAAUCAGCCUCCACGCCUCCCAGACUCAAAAUGAGGUCCUCAAUAACAACCUCUUGCAGGCCAACAAGGAGACGAGAUCAGUCAAGCGGCAGAUGCAAAUGCUCGAAGGAGGUACCUUGUCCGCUCUCAACGACCUGGCCAAAGAACGAGAUGACGCCUUGAGCGAUGUCACGGAUCUGCGCAAGCGUCUCGAACAAACCCAGAAGAAGGCCAAAAGCCAGGAGGACACGGCGGAGAAGACCCAAGCCUUGUGGGAUAAGGACAAGGAGACUUGGCUCGCAGAAAAGCGUGGCCUCGAAACCAAAGUCCACAUUGCCGAAGGUCGGCUGAAGGUCGUGCUGAGCGAACUCGCCAAUGCUCAGCAGCAUCCAGCCCCUGCCUCCCCCACCGAGCGUGCGCACAGCCGCAACAGUAUAAUGGACAGCCCAAGCAAAGGCUCCAUCAUUGCUCGGAGAGGCCGGAGGCACAGUGCGACGUCGGUCAACAGCGACACUCAUGGAGGUCGGGUGUCGGUGUUGAGUUUCCACAAUGGCAUCUCCAUCAACUUGGCCGACGAAUUGGCCUUUGAUGAGAUGGAAGAAGACAUGCUAAAUGCACUUGACAAUGACGAUGGCCGGGUGUCCCCUGACGCACUCCCAGAGGAACACGUUCGACCCGCCUCUAGCUUAUCCAUCAAAGCGAGGAAGGUGUUGGGUCUACCUGUCGACUUUGAGGAUAUGGAACGUAAUGACAGCCCUGAGCAUGAUCGUUCGGGUGCCAUUUCUGCGGAGGGGAAUCGACGUCGACCAAGCAUCAAAUAUGUAGAUACUGCCAUUCAGUUCUCCCCACCAUCGUCCCCGUGGCCGGUCACAGAUCCACGACCCAAGGCCAACGGCCACCGACCCUCAGAGAUUUCAAUUGGAAAUGCCAGACAAAUUAAUGUUACCCCAAGCCCGGUCAGCCCGCAAGACAGUAUUGAUAUCGCCUGGGAAAAGCAGCGACCUAUCAUGGUAUCUUCAGGCUGUCAGACUGUCGAAGCUCUCCCGAGUCCACCCCUUACACCUGACAAGCGCGACGCAGGGCUGGCUACAAUUCCAGAGAGUGCUCUGGAAAGAGUUGAGACCGCCACCAUUGGAACCCAGACCGAUCCCGCACAACCAGUCUUCGACCAAUUCAGCCACAAGCACACAGCAAGCGAGGAGACUCUUGAUUUGAAGGUUCCCCUGAUUGCCAUUAUCCCUCCCGCGUCAAGACCUGCCACACCUGAAACUAAUGUUGUGCUACCACCCCGAACCAAGAACGCAAGUACCCAGGUCGCUAACCACUUACUGGGAGGAUACAAGUCGUCUUCUAUGCAGACCGAAGAAAUUCGAGUCGAUAUAAGAGCCAUUGUCCCACCCUCCGAAAUGCCACCUGCUCCAUUGUCAAGUCAUUACAGGCCACCAAUUUCAUCCAGGGCCUUACCACCUCCAAUCCCUCGAAGCAGAGUAUCUCCCGGUACCUCCAUGUUUGCGUCGAGGCGUUCGGCUAUGGCUGGGCCGUCCAAGAUACCUCCUGUGAACGACAAUGGACCUCUCACGAGAGAUUUUGCCUCAAAUAUGCCCCGACCCGUCAGAUCAAGUAGUCUUUUCGCCGGAUUCGAUGACGACGCCGACAAUCGUGAUGACUAUAUCGAAGAAGACACCUUCGCAGAAGACGAUAUUUUUUGUCGCCCAACCGCGAAAUUUGUUCUCAAAUCUGGAAAAAUGGUCUCCCAAGACCUUCGGCUGGAGGAUGUCAGUGAGAGUACAGCAGUAUCUGCAGGUGAGGCAGCUGCUCUGGAGAACCUCCGGCUAUCUGAAGACAGCUUACCGCCAGAGAUGAAGGCAAUCCUCUUCCAAACCAGGACGAGCCCACGCAGAGGUUCCCAACGUCAGAACAUGGGUCUGAAAUUGAAGAGGAUCCCAUCGGCCAAAUCAAACAACAUGAGAAGAGCAGCCUUAAUAUCAAGCGGAGCCGCUGCCCAUCAGUCUUCGCACUCCCAAUCCACCACCGGUUCUUUGGAAAGCAACAAUCCGCCUCCCUUCCCCGUUCCUUUGCGAUACAGCUCGGCGAAGGUCGGCAAGUCCAUUAGUGAAGGUGGAAGAAGUUCACCCGGCAGCAGCAACGCGUCGCCCACCAAACGACCGAGGAACAGCAAGUUCGCCAAACCGAUGUUGCGAAAGGCGAGAUCAGGACCAGCGAUUUCGCCUCACUCACAAGCCCGAAAAUCACGAAGUCGGUCACCACCACUAGAACCACGGGUAUCCAUUGUCCCAGAGAUGCCUAGCUUCCAGAUGCCUACAACAGCACCGGCCCCCGUUAUUGAGCCCUACGGCAACCCGCGGGAGGCGAGUGCGCCGCGACCGUCGAUCGCAACCGGGCCUAGUCGACAGCGCAGUCACACGAAACAGAAUUCUGACGUACUCUCAAUGCAACAGACAUCGGUUGUAGACUCUAUUGCUCAGACGAUGGUCGGGGAAUGGAUGUACAAAUAUGUAAGGAGGCGAAAGUCUUUCGGAGUGACCGAGAAAGCGGAUUGGGAUGCCAACAAGAGCGUUGAGGAGAUUUCUCAAAGUGUGACCAACAAUGGUGUCCGUCACAAACGAUGGGUUUGGCUCGCGCCAUACGAGCGUGCGGUCAUGUGGAGCAGCAAGCAGCCAACGUCUGGGACGGCCUUGAUGGGCAAGAGUGGUCGAAAAUUGACGAUCAAGUCCGUGCUCGAUGUCAAAGACGACAAUCCGAUGCCCAAAGGAGCAGUUACUGGGCCGAACUUCAACAGGUCUAUUCUUAUCUUGACUCCGCAGCGUGCACUGAAGUUCACAGCAACAUCUCAAGAACGACAUUAUAUAUGGUUGACGGCGUUGUCAUUCUUAUCACACUCUCCCCUCAGCGUCAACGACCUUACCGCCAUCCCUCCGCCGCCACCGCUUCCUGAACACGAAGUGUCGCCUGCUCCAGCACCAUCACUUGCUGGAUCGCUCCGCAGACGACCAAUUAGAGACUCGAUCCGAUUGACAAAAGGGGCUGCUAAGUCAAAUCCUGGAACGAGAUCUUUCACGACCGACGGAUCGUUGCCAGUGCAAGACUCGCGACCCCCAACGCGUGACUAUUACGAUCCGUUGACGGACCCUGCUCUACCACCAACAAUACCCCGCCACUCUCGGAAGCGGAGCAACACGGCACCUCGAGCGCCACCGAGCUCUUUCAGGAGCUUCUCUACGAACGGAGUGACCCCGAGUCUACCAGGACCGGGAUCGAGUUAUUCGCAGAGUGUGCAUUCCACAGCUGUGUAUUCCUCCGACCGCGGCUUAUAUACGCCCAGCCUGGGAAUGCAAAGCGUUAUCAGCAGUCGAAGAGGCAGUGAAGCAAGUGCUUCCGGAAGGCCUCCUCUUCCAACCUUCAUGGAUAACAACCAUACGACGACCAUGAGGAUGGAUGCCUUCAUCGAACAUGAGCAAGGCACAUCCUCAGGCCGGCCUUCUUUCAAUUUCAUGCGAUCAGGGCAAGGAAAGAGAAAGGACAUGGGCUACUGGGGCGCAGAACAAGGAAGAGAGAGCAUCAGCCCCGUGGACUCGUUGCUCCACAGCGAGAUGAUGGCAGCAAGCUCCUCCACGCGAGGAAGCUACGAGUCGAGAGAUCCAUGGCGCGGGUUCUGAAUCCUCCCUCACCCGAAAACGCGAUCCCAAACAUUGACCCAUUGAAAGACGAUUUUUAGUCAUAAUGUGUACAAGUGACAAUGAUGGAAAAAAGAAUCAGAUUUCUGCGCAAGCAGUGGAUGACAGGACGAAAUCCGGCACCCAGCUUGGAAUAUCGUUUUUGCUGCUCCGAAACAGUCUCACUCCCUUUUCUGGCAAAUGGGAGAUGGCGUUUUCUUUGACUUGGUCUGUGGGACCGGAUCGGCCAAAAGGAAUUUGUUGGCAAAAGAAUGGGAUGAAUUGGCCCAAGCCUCGGUAUGGGAGGAAGCUUUUGCUGGAUAUGUAUCUGUAUAUCUGUCACAUACCCCCAUUUUGUACGUGUUGGUUGUUGUACUCUCCGGCGUUCAAGCGAGUAUCUUUGCUGUAUGGAGCCACUGUGUGCUCGACAAUGUUACAAUGCAAAUCUGCGGCAAUUGCCUCUUUUAUUUUAC